CACCCCAAGGAGGCCCCCACUCAGCAUCAGUUCUAUGAGAAAACACAAGUGAAAUACCAGGAGAAGCUGUAGUGCUCCCACCUGUUUGGUGAAGAGUCCAGGUUGACCUCCAUGGCGUUCAGGAACCCAGUGAAAAGAGUAUCCAUUAUGGCCUCUGCAUCAACUUCUAAGUAUAAUUCACACUCCUUGGAGAAUGAAUCCAUUAAGAGGACAUCUCGAGAUGGAGUCAAUCGGGAUAUCAGUGAGACUGUUCCUAGACUCCCAGGAGAAACGCUAAUUACUGACAAAGAAGUUAUUUACAUAUGUCCUUUCAAUGGCCCCAUUAAGGGAAGAGUUUACAUCACAAAUUAUCGUCUUUAUUUAAGAAGUUUGGAAAUGGAUUCUGCUCUGAUACUUGAUGUUCCUCUGGGUGUGAUCUCAAGAAUUGAAAAAAUGGGAGGCGCGACAAGUAGAGGAGAAAAUUCCUAUGGUCUAGAUAUAACUUGUAAAGAUAUGAGAAACCUGAGGUUUGCUUUGAAACAGGAAGGCCACAGCAGAAGAGAUAUGUUUGAGAUCCUCACAAGAUACGCCUUUCCUCUGGCCCACAGUCUGCCAUUAUUUGCAUUUUUAAAUGAAGAAAAGUUUAAUGUGGAUGGGUGGACUGUUUAUAAUCCAGUGGAAGAAUACAGAAGGCAGGGUUUGCCCAAUCACCAUUGGAGAAUAACUUUUGUGAAUAAAUGUUAUGAGCUCUGUGACACUUACCCUGCUCUUUUGGUGGUUCCCUAUCGUGCCUCAGAUGAUGACCUCAGGAGGGUUGCAACUUUUAGAUCCCGAAAUCGAAUUCCAGUGCUGUCAUGGAUUCAUCCAGAAAACAAGACGGUCAUUGUGCGUUGCAGUCAGCCUCUUGUUGGUAUGAGCGGUAAACGAAAUAAAGAUGAUGAGAAAUAUCUUGAUGUGAUCAGGGAGACUAAUAGACAGAUUUCUAAACUCACAAUCUAUGAUGCAAGACCCAGUGUUAACGCAGUGGCCAACAAGGCAACAGGAGGAGGAUAUGAAAGUGAUGAUGCAUAUCAUAAUGCAGAACUUUCCUUCUUAGACAUUCAUAAUAUUCAUGUUAUGCGGGAAUCUUUAAAAAAAGUGAAAGACAUUGUUUAUCCUAAUAUAGAAGAAUCUCAUUGGUUGUCCAGUUUGGAGUCUACUCAUUGGUUAGAACAUAUCAAGCUUGUUCUGACAGGAGCCAUUCAAGUUGCAGACAAAGUUUCUUCAGGGAAGAGUUCAGUGCUUGUGCACUGCAGUGACGGAUGGGACAGGACUGCUCAGCUGACGUCCCUGGCCAUGCUGAUGUUGGACAGCUACUACAGGAGCAUCGAAGGCUUUGAAAUACUGGUGCAAAAAGAAUGGAUCAGUUUUGGACAUAAAUUUGCAUCUAGAAUAGGUCAUGGUGAUAAAAAUCACGCUGAUGCUGACCGAUCUCCUAUUUUUCUUCAGUUUAUUGAUUGUGUAUGGCAGAUGUCAAAACAGUUCCCUACAGCUUUUGAAUUCAAUGAACAGUUUUUGAUUACAAUUUUGGAUCAUCUAUACAGUUGCCGAUUCGGUACUUUCCUAUUCAACUGUGAAUCUGCUCGAGAAAGACAGAAAGUUACAGAAAGAACAGUUUCUUUAUGGUCACUAAUCAAUGUCAAUAAAGAAAAAUUCAAAAACCCCUUCUACACAAAAGAAAUAAAUCGAGUUUUAUAUCCAGUUGCCAGCAUGCGUCACUUGGAACUCUGGGUAAAUUACUACAUUAGAUGGAACCCCAGAAUCAAGCAACAACCAAAUCCGGUGGAGCAGCGUUACAUGGAGCUCUUGGCCUUGCGUGAUGAUUACAUAAAGCGGCUUGAGGAAUUGCAGCUUGCCAACUCUGCCAAGCUUUCUGAUCCCCCAACAUCACCUUCCAGUCCUUCACAAAUGAUGUCCCAUGUGCAGACUCACUUCUGAGGGGGAACCCCGGCACUGCCUUUGAGCUCUGAAUAAAGGAAUUAGUUGACUUUCAUUUGGGGCAUCUGUACAAAGUAGAUUAAAGUAUUUGCCUCCAUGUAGAAGUUAAACUAACAUUAUCUUAAACUCUUGAAUAUGUGCCUUCUAGAAUACAUAUUACAAGAAACUACAGUGUCCACAAGGCAAUCAGAAGAAAGGAGCCAAGAGGAGGUUCUGGAAAAUCCUGACACCUUUAAAAAGCAGUUUUUGGAAAGAUAAAAUUUAAAUUUGGUUUACCUUUAUAGAAAUACUACAUAUACAACAUGUAUUUUGUGGGCUUAAUUGAGAUAACAUUAUUUUCAUCAGAGGGGGAGAAUAUGUUGGUGAAAUGGAUUUUCCUCAGGCUGCUUAGAAUAGUUGCUUUGGAUUAUCUAAAAUGAAUCCAAAUGUGAAAGAUGGGUUUACUGCCAAAACCAAAUUGAGCUCAGCUUCCUCGGCAUUAUUCAGAAGUAAGGUGUUUAAAUAAUUGCCAACUUUUAUGCCAUAAUAAAUGGUGACUUAAGGAGAAAUAGCUGUGUAGAUGAGUUUUUCCUUAUUUUGAAAUUUUGAAAUAUUAAAGGUUUUCCCCUAAUUUUCAAGAGAAGCAUAUUUUUAUAUUUGAAAAAAAAAAAAAAAAAACUAGUGAGGCCCAGUUAAAUAUAAUUUGAUUUUUCCUUCACUUUGCCA